CAGUUAGUUGUUGCACUCUGAUAUUCAUCAUCUCCUUGAGACUACCGAGAGCUUCUGUGUUGAAAAAGCUGCCCAAAAUGGCUAACUGCAACAUGAGCUGUGCCAGAGCAACCCUGUUUUUGUUGACCAUUUUCAUCUGUUUUGGCCAUUUCUCAGUCUCUGCCUUUGAGUUCCAAGUAGGCGGAACCAAAGAUUGGGUUGUGCCUCCUACUAAUGACAGCAAAAUCUACAACGACUGGGCCUCCGGAAACCGGUUCCAAGUGGGCGACACCAUCCGUUUUAAGUACAAGAAGGACUCUGUUAUGGAGGUGACAGAGGAAGAGUUCAAGAAAUGCAAUUCAACUCGCCCCAACUUCUUCUCCAACACUGGAAACACAGUUUACCUGUUUGACCACGCCGGCUCUUUCUACUUCAUCAGUGGAGCUUCUGGGCACUGCCAGAGAGGACAGCGCAUGAUCGUUAAGGUGAUGUCCUUGGAGGAAUCUCCUUCCAGCGACCGCAGAUCUUCUGGCUCUCGUGCUGCGGUUUUCUCAGUCUUUGUUCAGUUAGUUGUGUCCUAUGUUGCUUGUCUUCUCUUCUAG